AUGCUUUGGAGUUUGAAUAAAAAGUUCUUGAUUAUAUUUUCUGCAUCUUCGUUAGUAUGUCUAUAUCUUGGCGUCUCUACGGAUUCUAAAUACAUCAGCAGUAUCAACGAACACGACAAGAUUCUGCAUCUGGUUUCGUUUCUAAUCGAAUCCUUGCUGUUUGUGAAGCUAUUUGACGGUGAAAAUGUUGUAAUCGUGAACCCCAUGUGCCCUUCUGAAUUUGAUCUCAAUAGUGGACAGCUUCAACAUCGAAGAAGAGUUGAAAUCAAAAAAUACAAGCUAGCAUUUAUCGUCUGUACUGUGAGUGCGGCCAUAGGCAGCGAGUUUCUGCAGAGCAUUGUUUCUUCUGGCAAAAGAGUGUUUGAUUAUAAAGAUAUCUUGUACAAUAUGCUAGGUAGCGCAUUGGGCAUUACUCUUGCGCGUUACCAGGAACGCUGA